GCGGAGCCACCAGUGGGGAGAUGUUGAAGUUCAAAUAUGGAGCGCGGAACGUGCCGGACGCUGGUGCUGCAGAACCCAUUGCCAGCCGGGCCUCCAGGCUGAAUCUUUUCUUCCAGGGGAAACCACCCUUUAUGACUCAACAGCAGAUGUCUCCUCUUUCCCGAGAAGGGAUAUUAGAUGCCCUCUUUGUUCUCUUUGAAGAAUGCAGUCAGCCUGCUCUGAUGAAGAUUAAGCACGUGAGCAACUUUGUCCGGAAGUAUUCUGACACCAUAGCUGUGCUCCAGGAGCUCCAGCCUUCGGCAAAGGACUUUGAGGUCAGAAGUCUUGUAGGCUGUGGUCACUUUGCUGAUGUGCAAGUGGUCAGAGAGCGAGCGACUGGGAAUGUGUAUGCCAUGAAAGUGAUGAAGAAGAAGGCCUUGUUGGCCCAGGAGCAGGUUUCAUUUUAUGAGGAAGAACGGAAUAUAUUAUCUCAGAGCACAAGUCCUUGGAUCCCCCAGUUACAGUAUGCCUUUCAGGACAAAAAUAACCUUUAUCUGGUCAUGGAAUAUCAGCCUGGAGGGGACUUGCUGUCACUUCUGAAUAGAUAUGAGGAACAAUUAGAUGAAAAUAUGAUUCAGUUUUACCUGGCUGAACUGAUUUUGGCUGUUCACAACGUUCAUCAGAUGGGAUAUGUACAUCGAGAUAUCAAACCCGAGAACAUACUCAUUGACCGAACGGGGCACGUCAAACUGGUGGAUUUUGGAUCAGUUGCUAAAAUGAACUCAAAUAAGAUGGUGAAUGCCAAACUGCCGAUUGGGACCCCAGAUUACAUGGCCCCCGAAGUGUUGACUGUGAUGAAUGGGGACGGGAAAAGUGUCUAUGGGCUGGAGUGCGACUGGUGGUCAGUGGGGGUUAUUGCUUAUGAGAUGAUCUAUGGGCGAUCCCCAUUCACGGAAGGAACCUCAGCCAGAACCUUCAACAACAUCAUGAAUUUCCAGCGAUUUUUGAAGUUUCCAGAUGACCCCAAAGUUAGCAGUGAAUUUCUUGAUCUGAUUCAAAGUCUGUUGUGUGGCCAGAAAGAGAGACUGGAUUUCGAAGGGCUUUGCUGCCAUCCUUUCUUCUCUAAAAUCGACUGGAAUAACAUUCGUAACUCUCCUCCCCCCUUCGUUCCCACCCUCAAGUCUGAUGAUGACACCUCCAAUUUUGAUGAACCAGAGAAGAAUUCGUGGGAUUCAUCCUUUCCGUGCCAGCUGAACCCCUCAGGUUUCUCGGGCGAAGAACUGCCGUUUGUGGGGUUUUCGUACAGCAAGGCGCUGGGGAUUCUUGGUAGAUCUGAGUCCGUCGUGUCGGGCCUGGACUCCCCUGCCAAGACUAGCUCCAUGGAAAAGAAACUUCUCAUCAAAAGCAAAGAGCUGCAAGACUCUCAGGACAAGUGUCACAAGAUGGAGCAGGAAAUGACCCGGUUACAUCGGAGAGUGUCUGAGGUGGAGGCUGUGCUUAGUCAGAAGGAGGUGGAGCUGAAGGCCUCUGAGACUCAGAGAUCCCUCCUGGAGCAGGACCUUGCUACCUACAUCACAGAAUGCAGUAGCUUAAAGCGAAGUUUGGAGCAAGCACGGAUGGAGGUGUCCCAAGAGGAUGACAAAGCACUGCAGCUUCUCCACGAUAUCAGAGAGCAGAGCCGGAAGCUCCAAGAAAUCAAAGAGCAGGAGUACCAGGCUCAAGUGGAAGAAAUGAGAUUGAUGAUGAAUCAGUUGGAAGAGGACCUUGUGUCAGCAAGAAGACGGAGUGAUCUCUACGAAUCCGAGCUGAGAGAGUCUCGGCUCGCUGCUGAAGAAUUCAAGCGGAAAGCGACGGAAUGUCAGCAUAAACUGAUGAAGGCUAAGGAUCAAGGAAAGCCUGAAGUGGGAGAAUAUGCCAAAUUGGAGAAGAUCAAUGCUGAGCAGCAGCUCAAAAUACAGGAGCUCCAAGAGAAGCUAGAAAAGGCUGUAAAAGCCAGCACAGAGGCCACCGAGCUGCUGCAGAAUAUCCGCCAGGCAAAGGAGAGAGCUGAGCGGGAGCUGGAGAAGCUGCAGAACCGGGAGGAUUCUUCUGAAGGCAUUAAAAAGAAGCUGGUGGAAGCCGAGGAACGCCGCCAUUCUCUGGAGAACAAGGUAAAGAGGCUAGAGACCAUGGAGCGUAGAGAAAACAGACUGAAGGAUGACAUCCAGACAAAAUCCCAACAGAUCCAGCAGAUGGCUGAUAAAAUUCUGGAGCUGGAGGAGAAGCAUCGGGAGGCUCAGGUCUCAGCCCAGCACCUCGAGGUGCACCUGAAACAGAAAGAGCAGCACUACGAGGAAAAAAUUAAAGUAUUGGACAAUCAGAUAAAGAAAGACAUGGCCGAUAAGGAGUCACUGGAGAAUCUGAUGCAGAGACACGAAGAGGAGGCCCAUGAGAAAGGCAAAAUUCUCAGUGAGCAGAAGGCGAUGAUCAAUGCUAUGGAUUCCAAGAUCAGAUCCCUGGAACAGAGGAUUGUGGAAUUGUCUGAAGCCAAUAAACUGGCAGCAAAUAGCAGUCUUUUUACCCAGAGGAACAUGAAGGCCCAGGAAGAGAUGAUUUCAGAACUCAGGCAACAAAAGUUUUAUCUGGAGACACAGGCUGGCAAAUUAGAGGCCCAGAACCGGAAGCUGGAGGAGCAGCUGGAAAAAAUCAGCCACCAGGACCACAGCGACAAGAAUCGGCUGCUGGAGCUGGAGACAAGGCUGAGGGAGGUCAGUCUAGAGCAUGAAGAGCAGAAAUUGGAGCUGAAGCGCCAGCUCACGGAGCUGCAGCUCUCCCUUCAAGAGCGCGAGUCCCAGCUUAGCGCCCUGCAGGCAGCCCGGGCAGCCCUGGAGAGCCAGCUGCGCCAGGCGAAGACGGAGUUGGAGGAGACGACAGCGGAAGCAGAAGAAGAGAUCCAGGCACUCACGGCACAUAGAGAUGAAAUCCAGCGCAAAUUUGAUGCCCUUCGUAACAGCUGUACUGUAAUCACUGACCUGGAAGAGCAGCUAAACCAGCUGACAGAGGACAACGCCGAGCUCAACAACCAAAACUUCUACUUGUCCAAACAACUCGAUGAGGCUUCUGGCGCCAGCGAUGAGAUAGUGCAGCUGCGGAGUGAAGUGGACCAUCUCCGCCGCGAAAUCACUGAGCGAGAGAUGCAGCUCACCAGCCAGAAGCAGGCACAACUCAGUGGUACUGAUUUGCAGACGAUGGAGGCUCUGAAGACCACGUGCACGAUGCUGGAGGAGCAGGUCAUGGAUUUGGAAGCCCUGAAUGAUGAGCUGCUGGAAAAGGAGCGGCAGUGGGAGGCAUGGAGGAGUGUCCUCGGUGAUGAGAAGUCCCAGUUCGAGUGUCGGGUUCGAGAGUUACAGAGGAUGUUGGACACUGAGAAACAGAGCAGGGUGAGAGCUGAUCAGCGGAUCACCGAGUCACGCCAAGUGGUGGAGCUGGCGGUGAAGGAACAUAAGGCCGAGAUUCUCGCCCUGCAGCAGGCUCUCAAGGAACAGAAGCUGAAAGCCGAGAGCCUUUCUGACAAGCUCAAUGACCUGGAAAAGAAGCAUGCCAUGCUUGAAAUGAAUGCCCGAAGCUUGCAGCAAAAACUGGAGACUGAACGAGAGCUCAAGCAAAGGCUUCUGGAAGAGCAAGCUAAAUUACAGCAGCAGAUGGACCUGCAGAAGAAUCACAUUUUCCGUCUGACUCAAGGACUACAAGAAGCUUUAGAUCGGGCUGAUCUGCUGAAGACAGAAAGGAGUGAUCUAGAAUAUCAGCUAGAAAACAUUCAGGUUCUCUAUUCACAUGAAAAGGUGAAAAUGGAAGGCACUAUUUCUCAACAAACCAAACUCAUAGAUUUUCUGCAAGCCAAAAUGGAUCAACCUGCUAAAAAGAAAAAGGGUUUAUUUAGUCGACGGAAAGAGGACCCUGCUUUGCCCACACAGGUUCCUCUGCAGUACAAUGAGCUGAAGGUGGCCCUGGAGAAGGAGAAAGCUCGCUGUGCAGAGCUAGAGGAGGCCCUCCAGAAGACACGCAUUGAGCUCCGGUCUGCCCGCGAGGAAGCUGCCCACCGGAAAGCCACAGACCACCCCCACCCGUCCACACCAGCCACGGCGAGGCAGCAGAUCGCCAUGUCUGCCAUCGUGCGGUCGCCUGAGCACCAGCCCAGUGCCAUGAGCCUGCUCGCCCCGCCGUCCAGCCGCAGGAAGGAGUCUUCAACUCCGGAGGAAUUUAGUCGGCGUCUUAAGGAGCGCAUGCACCACAAUAUCCCUCACCGAUUUAACGUGGGACUGAACAUGCGAGCCACCAAGUGUGCCGUGUGUCUGGAUACUGUGCACUUCGGACGCCAGGCAUCCAAAUGUCUUGAAUGCCAGGUGAUGUGUCAUCCCAAGUGCUCCACGUGCUUGCCAGCGACCUGCGGCCUGCCCGCUGAAUACGCCACACACUUCACCGAGGCCUUCUGCCGUGACAAAAUGAACUCCCCAGGUCUCCAGGCCAAGGAGCCCAGCAGCACCUUGCACCUGGAAGGGUGGAUGAAAGUGCCCAGGAACAAUAAACGAGGCCAGCAAGGCUGGGACAGGAAGUACAUUGUCCUGGAAGGAUCUAAAGUCCUAAUUUAUGACAACGAAGCCAGAGAAGCUGGACAGAGGCCGGUGGAAGAAUUUGAGCUGUGCCUUCCCGACGGGGACGUGUCUAUUCAUGGCGCCGUCGGUGCUUCGGAACUCGCAAACACAGCCAAAGCGGAUGUCCCGUACAUCCUGAAGAUGGACUCGCACCCGCACACCACCUGCUGGCCUGGGAGAACCCUCUACUUGCUAGCCCCCAGCUUCCCUGACAAACAGCGCUGGGUCACCGCCUUAGAAUCAGUUGUCGCAGGUGGGAGAGUUUCUAGGGAAAAAGCAGAAGCUGAUGCUGCCCGUGACUGUGUUUCCUACGACCUUCUGCCCCUGUGGGUUCAGAAAUUGCUUGGCAACUCCCUGCUGAAACUGGAAGGUGAUGACCGCCUAGACAUGAACUGCACACUGCCCUUCAGUGACCAGGUGGUGUUGGUGGGAACUGAGGAAGGGCUCUAUGCACUGAAUGUCUUGAAGAACUCCCUGACCCACGUCCCAGGGAUUGGAGCCGUCUUCCAAAUUUAUAUCAUCAAGGACCUGGAGAAGCUACUCAUGAUAGCAGGAGAGGAGCGGGCUCUGUGUCUUGUUGACAUAAAGAAAGUGAAACAGUCUCUUGCACAGUCUCACCUUCCUGCCCAGCCAGACAUCUCGCCCAACAUUUUCGAAGCUGUCAAGGGCUGCCACUUAUUUGCUGCUGGCAAGAUUGAGAACGGGCUCUGCAUCUGUGCUGCCAUGCCCAGCAAAGUUGUCAUUCUCCGCUACAACGAAAACCUCAGCAAGUACUGCAUUCGGAAAGAGAUCGAGACCUCCGAGCCUUGCAGCUGUAUACACUUCACCAAUUACAGUAUCCUCAUUGGAACCAAUAAAUUCUAUGAAAUUGACAUGAAGCAGUAUACGCUUGAGGAAUUCCUGGAUAAGAAUGACCAUUCCUUGGCACCCGCAGUGUUUGCCUCCUCUUCCAACAGCUUCCCUGUCUCGAUCGUGCAGGUGAACGGUGCAGGGCAGCGGGAGGAGUACCUGCUGUGCUUCCACGAAUUUGGGGUGUUCGUGGACUCUUACGGGAGACGUAGCCGCACAGAUGAUCUCAAGUGGAGUCGCUUGCCUCUGGCCUUCGCCUACAGAGAACCUUAUCUGUUUGUGACUCACUUCAACUCACUCGAAGUAAUAGAGAUCCAGGCACGCUCCUCUCUGGGAACCCCUGCCCGAGCGUAUUUGGAAAUCCCCAACCCACGUUAUCUGGGUCCUGCGAUUUCAUCGGGAGCGAUUUACCUGGCUUCCUCGUACCAGGAUAAACUGAGGGUCAUCUGUUGCAAAGGAAACCUGGUGAAGGAGUCUGGCACUGACCACCACCGCCCUCCCUCCACCUCCCGCAGCAGCCCCAACAAGCGUGGCCCACCGACGUACAACGAGCACAUCACCAAGCGUGUGGCCUCCAGCCCGGUGCCGCCCGAAGGCCCCAGCCACCCCCGAGAGCCAAGCACACCCCACCGCUACCGGGAGGGGCGCACGGAACUGCGCAGGGACAAGUCCCCCGGCCGGCCCCUGGAGCGGGAGAAGUCCCCCGGCCGGGUGCUCAGCACGCGGAGGGAGCGCUCGCCCGGGAGGCUGUUUGAAGACAGCAGCAGGGGCCGGCUACCUGUGGGCGCUGUGCGGACCCCACUGUCCCAGGUCAACAAGGUCUGGGACCAGUCUUCAGUAUAAAACUCAGCCAGAAAAACCAACUCCUCAUCCCAGUCUGCAGGAGAACAACCAAACUGUGGAACUCUGCUUAGGGGGACCCCAGCGCCCAUCUGCUCGGUCACCCCGUGGCCCAGCUGGGCUCAGGCCCACCUCAGCACGGACACCCCCGUCUCUGGGAGGCGCAGGCGGAGGAGGCUUCCAGGAGCUGUCGGCACCCCUUCCGACGCCUUCCUGCAGUCAUCCCCUUUGCACUUUGUUACUCUUUCAAAGCAUUCAUAAACUUUUGUACCUAGCUCUCGCCUGUACAAGUUCAUCAGAGGAAACCAACCGAGAUGCUAACUACAGCGUUGGUUAGAAUCUUAACUAAUGGGUACUUUAAGAUCCUAGGUUUGGUUGGUUUUUCUUUCCUUUUUUUUUUUCUUUUUUCUUUUUCUCUCUGUUUCUUUUUUCUUUUCAGACGACAGCAUUCUUAAUAGAUUUGAAUAGCAAUGUAUUUCCUGUUGUACUCAGCUUUAGCUAGACCACACCAUCAGGUCUUCGCUACUGAAGCGUGUUGUAGAAGAGUCCCCGUCAGUUUGCUAACCUCCCACACUUCACGCAGGUUCACUCUCAUUUGCGUCCGUCCUCACCGAUGGCCCUGUUUUACCCAGGGUGGCAUCGUAGCCAAAUGUUUACUGUUCUCAUUGCCUUUUAUGGCCUUGACGACUUCCCUUCCCACCAGCUGAGAAUGUACAGAGGUCAUCAGAGGUCACUGGGCCUCAGCUUGGAGGCAGUGACUUGGGGCCAAGGGGCCUCGUGGCACUCUCCUUCCCCACCCCUUGGCAUCACCUCCCGAGCCUGCCAUCCCUGCUUCCCAUGUAGCUUUGGCCAGGAAAGCAUGCAAUAGACUUGCUCUGAGCCCAGCAUUAAUGGGUCUCUGGGUCAGGGAGGGGACCGGGGGCACCUCCCUCAGGUCCGUGAUGGUGUUUUGUUCCCGACUCUGGUAUGGGGCAGAAACCCCGUCCAGGAGUUGUGCAUGGCGGUUCUCUGCAUGUGCUGCCCCCCUGACCUGGCUGACCACCUUGGGUUGCUCUGCCAAUGUAUUACUACCAUACCAUAGUCCCCGUCAAAUCGAUACCCUCUGACGACUUGCCAAAUCACUGGCCACAAUAAGCUGCAGUCUGUAGCACUGAACAAACAAAAAACCAAACUCUCAAGCCUUACGACCAGAGAAGGAUUUCAGCAAACCACCACCUCAAACUCAAUUUCCCCUCCGACCUCCAUGCUUCCCUGCCGACACCCUGGCAGAUGACUCUGUGUUCACACACAGCCCAGCCCUGUUCUACCCCAUGAAACUGUGACUUCCCAAAUGAGCCUUUCCCAGGGGCUAGAGCUAAGACCAGGAAGUUCAAGAAAGAAGCCGCAGCUCAACUCUCCCAGCCCUGCCGAGGCUGGGCAGUCCUCCUUAGGUGCAGUGCGGCUCCUGCUGUUUUCUCUUUGCCCUCUACUAGAGUGUGAAAUUUCUGGCAACUAGCAUAGAACCAAUCUAGAGGAUCUGCAGCUGGCAAGCUAACUAGCGGCCUUAUUUCUGCCUUUAAAUCUCCCACAAGGCAUCUCUCACUUUGGGUUCUCCAGAACUCUUAGGCACGCCUCCAACAGCCACGGCACACCUAGAUAGGCUGAGAGGAGACCUGUUUCCACCACAGCAAGCGAACAUGACCAUGUUUUCAACCCAUGCACCCACAGGUCAGAACACUUUCCAGAUUGCAACCUGACCCAAAUGCUGGCUCCUUCCUGCUCGUCUCUUAACCUAAGUGCUUUCUCCUUUGAAACUCCCACGAACCACCUUGUCGUAGCACCUUUGGCAAGUAUCACGCCUUUGUGUUUUAUGUGUUGCUUGGAGUCUUUGGGGUCAUACUCCACACCCUCCUUCCCCCAGGGCAGAUCUGACUGAAUGUUUGCUGGAGUUUUUGUCUCUCGGUCCACAAGUAUUUGGAAAGGUCACUGAAAAUUGGUCUUUCAGUCUUGGCAUUUCAUUAGGAUCUCCGUGAGAAAUGGGCUCCUUCAGCCCUGGAAAUGUAUAUUGUGUGUCUCAUUUGUGAAAUGCUUCCUGCUUUAGAACUAGCUCACAAGACUGUACAUAUUUACAAGAAACUUUAUAUUCGUAAAAAAAAAAAAAAGGAAAUUGAAUUGGUUUCUACUUUUUUAUUGUAAAAGGUGCAUUUUUCAACAUUUACUUUUGGUUUCGGCGGUGGUAGUUGUGGACAGCCUUCUUCACUGGAGGGUGGGGAGCUCCGUGUGACCACCAAGAUCCCAGCAGGAAAUAGUGUAACACGAAACUGCAGUCAAAAGCUUAUUAGCAUAAGUAAGAUUUUAGGUCUCCAAAAGUACAGGCUUUUUCUUCAUUACCUUUUUUAUUCCGGACACAGAAGAGAUAAAAGAGAACAGUUCAAUAUCCACCUUGAGAGCAAUGAACUUUGUCAUUGAACAAUAGUGAAAUAAAGCAAUGAUCUAAAAUGUU